AUGGAUAAGUUCAGAAUGAUGUUCCAGUUCCUCCAGUCCAACCAGGAGUCCUUCAUGAAUGGCAUCUGCGGCAUCAUGGCCCUGGCCAGCGCGCAGAUGUACUCUGCCUUCGAGUUCAGCUGCCCCUGCAUGCCCGAGUACAACUACAACUACGGCAUCGGCCUCCUCUGCAUCCCGCCCAUCUGGUUCUUCAUGCUGGGCUUCGUGGUCAACAACAACGUGUCCAUACUCUCCGAGGAGUGGAAGCGGCCCACCGGCGAGCGCAGCAAGGACCCCGCAGUGCUCCGCUACAUGCUGUCCUCCAUCACGCAGCGAUCGCUGAUCGCGCCGGCUGUCUGGGUGUCAGUCACCCUCAUGGACGGGAAGAGCUUCCUGUGCGCGUUCAGCGUCGACCUGAACCUUGAGCAGUUCGGGAACACCACGGAGAUCCAGGGUUUGUCCGAGUUGGAGAUGCUGAAGCUGCUGGCCAAGAUCCCGUGCAAAGACUUGUUCGGCGAGGGGGAGCUCAGAGUGGCGGCGUCCCAGUACAUCAAGUGUAUCUCGCAGGCAUGCGGCUGGCUGUUCCUGCUCAUCAUGACCUUCUUGGCCUUCAUGAUCCGCGCCAUCCGGCCGUGCUUCACCCAGGCCGCCUUCCUGAAGACAAAGUACUGGUCCCACUACAUCGACAUUGAGCGCAAGAUGUUCGACGAGAUGUGCAAAGAGCACGCCAAGAGCUUCGCCAAGGUGUGCAUCCACCAGUAUUUCGAGAGCGUCAGCGGCGAGAUGCAGCACUUCCACCACGACCGCGAAAACCUGGAGGGCGACGAGGAGGAGGCCAACAAGAGGAUGAGUGACAACGAGAAGCUGAUGGGCAUCCGGGCGCAGGAUGACAUGAACAAGGUGCUCUGGAACUGGCACAGCUGCAAGCCCAAGCUGGCGCUGAGGAAGGACGCCCCCGAUGGAGAGGAUUGCGAAUUCCUCCUCAAGAAGGAUGCUUACGGCGUUCCCUACGGCGUUCCCUACGGCGGUCCAAGCGGCCUUCCGAACGGCGGUCAAAAUGGUGGUCCGAAUGGUGGCUCCAACAGUGGUUUGAAUGGUGGUUUUAACAGCGGCGUUCCCAGCGGCGGUCCCAACGGCUUCGCUAACGGACACGCGCCCGACGGCGGAAAAAAGGAGUGGGCGGUGUAUUACAGUCGUGUUUGAUCGUUUCCAAGACAGAAAGAGAAAAGAAUUGGUCGGAAACGUUCAAAAUCGAGCUUACUAGAAAAUAAAUAGGCCUUGUGAUAGGAGUUGCUCCGAUACCAGUAUCGAAGAUUCCUCCGAUACUGCCUUUAAGUAUCUGAGAGAAAGCAAGUCUAUGCGGCGAUCCGAGACCAUCACAUGACCAGCUCAUUUACUACAAAGGCAGAGAACAUCACAAUCAGUUUAGCUUAACUACAAGAAUACAAAUGCAUUAUUAGGAGAAAUGUGAAUUAUCUAUUUCUGAAAAGAAGAUUGUCGAUAGUAAGUGACCCGACUAUACAUCGCUGUCACCGUAAGGGAACCCUUCGAUAAGAACACGGGCUGUGAGUAGUUACGACGCUAGAUGCUGUAUCGGUUUACACUCUGUAUCAGCCGAUACUCAAGUUCAGGAAUCUGAAUCGGUAUCGGGAAGGAAAAAUUGUCAUCGGAAUAUCUCUAAUCGUUGUCAUUAUUCUUUGCAACGUUUGUACCUUACAUCUGCAAUCUGUGAAUAUGUCUGUUGAAAUAUCCAUUGAACAACUGAAGACCCACUAGGCCAGCACUCGGCCAUAAACUCGUCCUAAUUGCCUUUCUGCAUUGUGUUCUGUGGGCCUGCCCAUCAGGGUAUUGGCAGCGAGCCGGUCUCCUGAAACACUUAGUGCUGCUCGCUUUGCAGCCUUUUGGAUGCAAUCACUCAUUUCCAAAUGCACAUAAAGUGCCUGCACAAUAUCUUUUACUUUUUAUUCUAUGUGCGUGUAAACAAUGUUUUUGGUGUUCAUUAU